AUGGAAGAACACCACAAGGAAGGAACUGAAAGCCAAAGAGCCGAGCUUGCUCCCACAAAAUACUCAAACAGCCCAGAUCUGCAUGAGGGCGCAGCUGGAAUGCAACUCUUGCAGCAGCAGAAACCUGAAUCAGCAGCAGCCACAGAGCAGAGAGCAGCAGCAACAGCAAUGCCAACAGCAGCAAGCAAAGUAGAGUCACCACCAUCAGCAGCGGCAGAGGGUGGUGAAGUAUAUGGCUCUGUUUCAUCGAACAUAUUGAAAGAGCCAUAUGAACGGGGGAUGGGGAAGAUGUACACUGAAAGCCAGAAUAUUGUGCAGAUGCUUCAAGACAGUUUGAAGGCCUCUAAUGGUCUGAAGUCAGCAGCAAAUAUCUCUUCUAAGCUACGAGGAGAAAUUGUAAAGGAUGUGGACGCACUACGACACACUUUGCACAAGGAACAUGAGAAUCUGACGCUGUUGCGCGAAUAUGAACAGCAGCAGGACGCUCUGCUGAAGGCUCAGCUUGGAUACUUAACUCCUCUCAGUGUUGAGGGGGCCAAGACUCAAGAAGAAGACGCCACAGAAACAAGCCGUAACCGGAAUGCAGUCGAGAAUGCAUACACUUCGCAGGCUGCACACCCCAUGGGUGCCUCAAUGGCUGCCUUCUCUUUUUGUUUGUUGGUUGCAGUUGGACUUUGA